AUGGCGUGUGGCAGCGGGAAGGUCACCAUCCAGCUGGUGGAUGAGGCAGGACCUGGAGUUGGGGGCCCAAAGCCCUUUCGAGGCCAGAACUAUGAGGCAAUCCGAGCAGCCUGCCUGGAUGAAGGGAUCCUGUUCCGAGAUCCCUACUUCCCUGCUGGCCCUGAUGCCCUUGGCUAUGACCAGCUGGGGCCGGACUCGGAGAAGGCCAAAGGGGUGAAAUGGAUGAGGCCCCAUGAGUUUUGUGCUGAGCCCCAGUUCAUCUGUGAGGACAUGAGCCGGACAGACGUGUGUCAGGGGAGCCUGGGUAACUGUUGGUUUCUUGCGGCUGCUGCCUCCCUCACUCUGUACCCCCGACUCCUGUGCCGGGUGGUCCCUCCUGGACAGGAUUUCCGAGAUGGCUACGCAGGUGUCUUCCACUUCCAGCUCUGGCAGUUUGGCCACUGGGUGGACGUCGUGGUGGAUGACAAGCUGCCUGUGCGUGAGGGGAAGCUGAUGUUCGUGCGUUCAGAACAGCGGAAUGAGUUCUGGGCCCCCCUCCUGGAAAAGGCCUAUGCCAAGCUCCACGGUUCCUAUGAGGUGAUGCGAGGCGGUCACAUGAAUGAGGCUUUCGUGGACUUCACAGGCGGCGUGGGUGAGGUGCUCUACCUGAGGCAAGACACCCCAGGCCUUUUCGCGGCCCUGCGCCACGCCCUGGCCAAGGAAUCCCUCGUGGGCGCCACUGCCCUGAGUGAUCGGGGUGAGUACCGUACAGAAGACGGGCUGGUGAAGGGACAUGCGUAUUCAGUCACGGGCACACACAAGGUGUCGCUGGGCUUCACCAAGGUGCGGCUGCUGCGGCUGCGGAACCCAUGGGGCCGCGUGGAGUGGACCGGGGCCUGGAGCGACAGCUGCCCACGCUGGGACGCGCUUCCUACUGAGUGGCGAGAUGCCCUGCUGGUGAAGAAGGAGGACGGUGAGUUCUGGAUGGAGCUGCAGGACUUCCUCCACCACUUCAACACUGUCCAGAUCUGCUCGCUGAGCCCUGAGGUGCUGGGCCCCAGCCCUGCUGGAGGGGGCUGGCACGUCCAUAUCUUCCACGGCCGCUGGGUGCGAGGCUUCAACUCUGGCGGGAGCCAGACGACUUCCGAAACCUUCUGGACCAACCCCCAGUUCCGGCUGACACUGCUGGAGCCUGAUGAGGAGGAAGAGGACGAUGAGGAGGGGCCCUGGGGGGGCUGGGGGGCAGUAAGUGCACGGGGCCCUGCUCGAGGGGGCCGGGUUCCCAAGUGCACUGUCCUCCUGUCACUCAUCCAGCGAAACCGGCGUUGCCUGAGGGCUCGGGGCCUCACUUACCUCACCGUGUGCUUCCACGUGUUCCAGAUCCCAGAGGAGCUGCUGGGACUCUGGGACACCCCGUACAGUCGCGCGCUCCUGCCGAGACUGCUGCGCGCCGACCGCUCGCCCUUAAGCGCCCGCCGCGACGUGAGCCGCCGCUGCCGCCUGCGCCCCGGCCACUACCUGGUGGUGCCCAGCGUUGCCCAUGCCGGCGACGAGGCCGACUUCACGCUGCGCAUCUUCUCCGAGCGCCGCCACACCGCUGUGGAGAUCGACGACGUGAUCAGCGCGGAUCUGCACGCCCUCAGGGCCCCUUUGGUUCCCCUGGAGCUGGGGUUGGAGCGGCUGUUUCAGGAGCUGGCAGGAGAGGAGGAAGAACUCAAUGCCCGUCAGCUCGAGACCUUAUUAAGCAUUGCCCUGGAGCCUGCCAUGUCCCACACCCGGAACCCCAGAGAGAUUGGGCUCAGGACCUGUGAGCAGCUGCUACAGUAUUUUGGGCAUGGGCAAAGCCUGGCCUUGCAUCACUUCCAGCAGCUCUGGAGCCACCUCCAGGAGUGGCAGGCCAUAUUUGACAAGUUCGACCGGGACACCUCAGGAACCAUGAACUCCCACGAGCUGAGGUUGGCGCUGAAUGCCGCAGGUUUCCACCUCAACAACCAGCUGACCCAGGCCCUCACCAGCCGCUACCGGGACAGCCGUCUGCGUGUGGACUUUGAGCGCUUCGUGUCCUGUGUGGCCCAGCUCACCUUCAUCUUCCGCCACUGUAGCCAGCACCUGGAUGGGGGUGAGGGUGUCAUCUGCCUGACCCGCAGCCAGGUGAGCUUGGGCAGGAGGGAGAGGGUGGCGCAGGGCAGAUGUGGCAGGAGUCCCGGAGGCUUCUGCUUCAAUCCCGCUGUCUUCUCUCGCCCAGUGGAUGGAGGUGGCCACCUUCUCCUAGGAUCCUGGCACAGGAGCACCUGCAGCCAGAGGCAGGAGAGCUGCCAGGAGCCCUGCCUUUCCUUCUGCCAGCCUGGACCCGAGUUUAUUCCACAGCAAGAGGGGUCUGAGCAAAACCAGCUUCCUCCAACCCCUCCAGCUCGCUGCCUGGCACGGGGAGGCGGAUGCUCUGACGUGAAGCUGACAUUGAGAGCAUGGUCUCAGGAGCCGGCCUGUCUGGGGUUGGUUCUGACCCCACCACUCCCCAGCUGGGCAAGUCCCUGCACUUCCUUGUGCUUUGCUCGCCUCAUUUGGGAACAGCGAUGGUUACGGCACCUUUCUUAGGCAGGCUAUGUGAGUUAGUCAUCGUCACUCGCUUAGAACAGUGCCUGGCCUACACUGGGACCCCAACAGCGGUCUUGGUUUUACACCCAUGGGAAUGGGGAUCAUGGCACGCCCAGGCCCCACCUCACUCUGGGAAUAGGUGCUCCAUCACUGCUCUGCUAAGAAGUAGAGAACAGAGAGAGGAGAAAAAGAGAGAACACUGUAGGACUCCUUCUUAAAAAUAUUACGUGUUUUAUUAUCCUGUCCCCAGAGGGGUGGUUUAUCCAGAAACCGAGAAAAAACAAUCAGAAUAAACUCAAAAAAGGGGUGGGUGUGGGAGAUAGGAGCAAACCCAGCAACUAACAGGCAGCCAGGCCAGCAGCCCACCCUCCCCCUCAGGAGGGUCCCCAGAGACCCAUGCCUGAUGACAGACAACAGGAAAAUCAGUAAAGGGCUGGGGGAGGGUAGCAAAUCAGCUAUGUCUUCAUUAUGAGAGCAAGAGGCGGCAAAGAUAUGUUGCUAGGUGAAUAUAUAUUUAUAUAAUAAAUCCGUAAGUUAAUAAAGUAAAUAGUAAUUCUCUGAAAGUUUUUAAUUCUUUUUUUAUAGUUUUUGUGAUUUUUUUUUUUUUUUUAAA